AGGCUUCUGUGCAGGGAAGGUUCUGCAAGAAUGACUUGACAAGCCAAGCAAGAGCUCAGAGGCGCGAGUGCGAAAGCAUCCUGGCAGAACAAGACACCCUCCACUUCUCGUCAAGGUCAGCUCACAAUUUUCAAUUCUCAUCAAUUGAUUAUUAACUUUUGCGUGGGAACACCAAGUUCGAAUUGCAUACUACAUCUAUCUAUCGCAUCUAUCUAUUUCUCGAACACCAUGAUCCCCACCUUUCUCAACGAACAAGUGCUCUGCGUCAGCAACGACUCUACCACUACCAAGCCGCAACACAGCACCAUGAAGCGCACGGUCCACUUUCCCGAAGAACAAAUGGUAGUAGUCCACGACGUCUUGGCCCGCCAAGAUUACACGGAAGAAGAACUCUCUGCUUGCUUUUUCGCCAAGGGCGACUACAAGUCGUUCAAGAAGAGCUCCAUUGUCACUCUGCAAAAAUGGCGAGCCGGAGAAUUGCCAGCUGGUGGCACUACCAAACACUGCAUGCGAGGAUUGGAAUGCCGUACACGAGAAGGUGCCCAACAACGCAAGGAACUCAAGCAAGCGGCUCGCACGGCAUUAAUGACGGAAAUCCAGCGUCAAAUGGUGGCGGGUGUCCAAGACGAACUGGAAUUGGCGGCUGUUUACCACCGAACUUGUGCUCCUCAGCAACAUCAAGCAUCCAUCCAAGGCAUGUGCGAUCAACUGGAAGCACAAGAAUAUUACACAUUGGCACAGGCUGUGGCACCCAAGCAAAUCCACAGCACCACCACCACCACCAACGCAUUGCAACUACAAGCCAUUCUGGAUUGUCCAGCGCCCACCACAGUUGUGGGAGUUGCCGCAUAGCGUCUUUUUAUCCUGUUUGUCAUUCCAGCAGAAGAAUUUUAAAAUACACAAGAGCUAUAAUAUAACAUACAAUGUAACACUCCUGAUAUCCAACAUCAUAAACUACCCCUUAGUAUAUAUUUAAGCUAGCUACCUACCGUACCAUCCAUCGGCAGAAGCAAGGAUAGACCAUGGUCGAACCGUCGCCCAUAUUAUGCGGAUGGCUCCGGGCGGUGCUAUAAUAGCUAGCUAGUCUAGUAGCUUUUCCAUAAGAUACCACGUUGUCAGCAGAGCUUCAGCUGCGAGGAGCUGCGAUGAGAACUUUCGACGAAGAACGAUUCUUCGUAAGGAUCCAAUGAUUCCCAUGAUCCUGAUGCGAGGCAAUUGCCGUCGAGGCAGUAGUUGCAGGUUGACAUGACAUGGGUGCGAACACAACACGUACCAAGAUUCCAUCCAAUUUAAUUAUUAUAGCACUCUCACUUUUUGCUACGAAAUCGAAUCCGUGCGAAUUCGAAUCCGUCCCCUCUGUUCGGGUAGCAGCG